AUGUCCAUUCUGGCCGGUAGGUGUCUCUGCUUUGCUGGUGGCCAAAUGGUUUUAAUGGUGCCCUUGAGUCCAAGUCACAGGUCCUUAGUUCCAGACACCAUGCUUGGUAAAUACGUCUCUUGGGGCUGCGCUCCUAUUCUGUCACGGGGCGAAGUGGUCUCUCAAACUCUUCCCCGUGGCGGUGAGGGGGCAUCUGGUGACCGAGCCCCUCUGACCAGCAUCAUUGCUCCUACUACCCCUCCCCUUGGCGAGAAUGCUGGGGGAAACCAGGCACAGACCUCCCUCCUCGCUCUCCCUCCUGAUUGCUGUGGGGAGUGUGGGGUCGGGAGAUGGGGGACAGAGGAACCACAGGACAGAGCCAGCAGUGGCAGCCUCUUCAAGUGA